AUGGACAACUGGUCGGAGAAAGGCCGGCCAGCUGUGCAAGAAGCUCUCAAUCAUGCAUGGGAAACAAUAGAUCGUGAGAUCCAAGAUGAGCUCGGCCGGAGGGCCGCGAACUACGCCGCGAUCAAUGAAACAUUAAAGAGCAAGCUGGCCAAUAUCGAAGCACUUGAGAACGAAAACAGGAAUCUGCGAGCUCAACUGGCAACUACCUCUUCGAGUCCUCCCUCGACAGAAUUAAAUACUUCAAUCGAGAAUGCAACAUCAGCAGGCAGACACGCCCCCACUUCGAGUAUCGCGAUCGCCCAGCCGGCUUCAACCUCUUCAACAACAAAAGCACCUCUUCCAAACAUUACUCCCGAAAAUGCCGAGCUUUUCAAGUCCAAAAUGAGAUUCCAUGCACUCUCAAACAAUUUCAAGGUGGCAAAAGAGGCUCUUCGAAAGAGGAAGGAUGAGCGUGACUGGUGGAUGGCGCGCGCAAAGAAGCUGGAAAGACAAGCCAGGGCUGCUGAGGAGAAGCACGGUAUACGGAUUCUAGAACUGGAAGAAGCCGACGAACCCCAUGCAAUACAUAGAACAGGUCUCACUUCUGAUAACCCGACUUCUGAUAUGCCACCGCCAACUGUCCUGGCAACGCUUGAUAGCGACCACAACGCCAAUGUAGAUGAUGCACAGCUGCAAUCUACUCAAGGCGAUCCCGACGAGGCAGAGUCUGAGGAUCUGCCUCCUUUACCCAAGAACGGCCAAGACCAAGAUCCGGUUUUCAUUAAGCCAGAACCAUCUUCCGACCUUCCAGUAGUAGUGUCUGAGAGAAAGGUGAAGAGGAGAAGAGUUGAAGAUGCGGGAUAUACAGCUACGACGACCCCAAGGAUCAAGGCCGAACCAGAGGAUUCUAGUCCUAUCGCUGCCUCGGAACACUACCAGUUCAACAUCCAGGAAAGUAUCGAUCUUGACGAUAUCGCGCAGAGGAUAACUACUCCCCGAAAGCGCAAAGACCUAGAAGUUUCGGCUGUCGAAGAUGCAAACGAACCGACAUCUCCAGUUUCUAAUACAGUUCAAAGACCCGGCUAUGUACGACUGGGUGGAGUGAAGCAAUUGGCUAAGGAUACGCGUGGUUCAUCUGUGCUCACGCCAAUAAGCGGCAAUAAAAGAAUUCCGUGGGCCGCUGAUGCGGAGGAAGCUCCCCUGAAGGAUACAUUGGCCCAUGGAAUAUCAGUUUUAGCAGAAGGUGGCACUCCCUAUGGGAAACAAAGAGUUGAGAAGAGCUUGAAAGCCCUGCCUACGCCGACUUCAGUUGCCAAAGGCCUGCUGGAUACGCUGCUGAAUAAUUCAACUCCCGAGAAUGCGGCCACGAUCUCGCGAACACCCCAGGCUCGCCAAACAGGCCGCAUUUCUCCUGAAGAUACGCCUCUUGACCUUCUUUUCCCUCAGCCUCGAGAGCUGCCCUUCGACAAGAUGAUGCGACAUACUAAGAAGCAUCAAGAUUUGGGCGCAGAUGUAACGACACCUUCUAAGAAAUCGGUCAAAAAGGCGCCUGGUCGAAGUAAAUCCCCGCUCAAAAGCAGGGGAUCCGCCUCUGGUCUCCGUCAUAAGCCCCUGUCUGAACUUCGGCUUGAUGAUUUCAAGGUUAACCCCUCAUCAAACGAGGGGCACGAUUUUGCUUAUUCGGAAGUUGUCAGAGAUAAAGAUGACAGAGCAGCCCUACGAGGCUGUACAGACAUGCAUUGCUGUGGGAAGCAUUUUAGAGCAUUGGCUGAAUCACAGCAGCCAAAUCCACCACUGACGGCAGAACAGCGACAGGAAGAGCAAAAACUGCUGGAGGGCUACUUGGGUGAAUUUGCCUACCGACUGGCAUCCAUGACAAAAGAUGAAAGAGCUGAGUUGUGGAUUGAGGCCAAGACCGAAGAGCUGGCCAACAAAUACGGCAGACAUAGACAUCGCUUCUCUCGCAUGCAGUCUCCACCCGGAUUUUGGAAUGCCGAUUUCCCAGAUACACAAGAAUUGGCAGCGGACAAAGAAGAGGCGUUGAGGCGAGAGAAGCGUACAAUUGCAGAGAGGUAUAGAGAAGCCAUGCGCCCCGGUGGCAUGUGGCUAUUUAGAGACGAAUAG